AUGCUCGUGGACUUGGAUAGCAACCUUUUCAUCCAGACCCCAAGCGCCUUCGCCUCUCCACUGCCAUCCAAACCCCCUCCACCCAGCAGAGCUCUCAAUCCCCCAUUCUUCAUCACUCCAUGCUUGCCUCAAAAAGACCGCCACCGUCACCCGUUGCCACCGCGUCCUAUUUGCCCGGCACCUUCCACGACGGCGGAGCGCAGCACAUCACCGGCCACCAAAGCUCCGCCGAACGACUUUGAUGCUGCGCUCAGGGUCUUUGAGCUUUUGGAAACUACAGACCAGAUGCGAACCGGUUCUCUAAAUGUUCCUAGUUUGCCCGAGUCUAGGGAGGUUACACCCCAAAGGUUAGCGGGAGAUGAUCGUCCUAUACCCCCAGGUCCGCACUUCGUGCCAAAUCACGACCCGCUGACUGAGCGGGAAAGCCAGCGUGAGGUUUCACAGCUCUGCAAGACACAGGUCAAUAAAUCAUUGCCUGGUGUUUCCAGCGCGUUAGAUGUGGACAAUUGUUCCUUGCCAGGCUUACCAGACCGGAUUCGAAGCGGGGCGGUCAAGUUAACCAACGGUGAAUGCCUGCCGGGAGGCAGGGUAGGCAGUCCUGUACCGUCCACAAGGGCUGUUGAGUGUCCAACCACGGCGCCUCAUGUCGAGACCGGACAGAAUCAUGGGGCCGGAGAACCUCCCGCUGACUAUCUUGAACCUGGCAACAGUGUCAGGCGGCAGGUCGCCGUCGAAGUUGUUAUCCCACCAUACAACGGCAUCCUCGGUACCGCACUGCACCAAAACGCAAGCAGUGAUCUUGAAGUUAGCUCCAUGACCGAACACGAACUCCACGACCCUGAGCUGGCGCCGUCAGAAGAAGGUAGCGACAACAAUUACCGGCCAACUGGCAGAACUGACGAUCCCCCCACACGGCCCUUGAAGCGCCGUAAGCUGGCGAAGCAGCUGUCCCCACCCCACCUCCCUCCUCCACCUGCUCUGGCCGUGGAUGGUGAGUCAUCUGUCUAUCGCCCUCACUCUGGCUCAACAAGGCAUAAUGGACUUGAUGCUAGGCCUCCACAAGCUUGUUCUGGUAUGCUUGGGCGUGGUGGGCGCCAGCAAGAUGGGGGCAGGGCUUCCCGAAGGCGGUCUUCACACAAAAUACAAACAUCUCCAUCCCUUCACAGUGAGAGUCGUUCGAUCUCACGCGCAAGCUCAGAGGGCAGCGAUGUCUCGCCUCCCCCGGCAUUAGUGCUCUCGUCAAAGCAAGCAAUGGAGUUGUCAGCAGCUGUUGCGACCAAGCUCUUUCAGCUCCUCACCAACCCCACCCCAUCAGCAAUGGUCUCCUCUCCAGUGCACCCGGCCUCUCAGGAGGAUGGCCGCAACCCAAGGUAUGGUGAAAGGGCUGGUAGUGGGCCGCGCCGUACUAAGUGGACGCAGGGUGAGGAGGACAUCCUCAGGACGAUGAAGCGCAAGCGCUGCUCUUGGCUAGAGAUUGAGGAGCGGCUUCCAUGGAGGACUCCCGCCUCCCUCCGGCAGCGGUACUCUGUCCUCAAAAAUUCCUAG